UUAGGCAGUUUUAUUAAUGGCCUUACUCUUGAGCCGGCAUUGGUUUUCGCAAUGGGGAAGUGGUCGACAUCUCCGCCGGACAUCGAGAAGGGCCGUCAGAAGGGGCGGACAUCUCAGCCGCCGCCGCCGCAUUAUUGUCCGCCGACGGCGAAACCAUGGUUUCCGUGGCUGGUGCCUCUCAUAUUUGUGGCAAACAUCGCCAUGUUCGUGUACAGCAUGUACCUUAACAAUUGCCCCUCCACCACCGGAGCGGACCAAUGCCUUUUCUAUCCUUCUUUGAAGAGAUUCUCUUUCCAACCCUUCCGCGAAAACCCCCUCCUUGGCCCUUCCACCACCACGCUGAAACGACUCGGAGCCCUCGACCGGAAACUAGUGGUGGAAAAUGGCCAAGGAUGGCGCCUCCUGUCUUGCAUGUGGCUCCAUGCUGGUGUCAUCCAUUUACUUGCCAAUAUGCUAAGCCUUCUCUUCAUUGGAAUCCGGCUAGAGCAGGAGUUCGGUUUUCUAAGAAUAGGAAUCCUCUACGUUCUUGCUGGUUUUGGUGGAAGUUUAUUGUCUAGUCUUAGUCUCAGUCCUUCUGACAGACCAACGAUCUCAGUUGGCGCAUCUGGUGCGCUUUUCGGACUGCUGGGAGCAAUGCUCUCUGAGCUUCUCACAAAUUGGACAAUCUAUGCAAAUAAGUGCGCAGCCCUGCUGACUCUGGUGCUCAUUAUUGUCCUGAAUUUGGCCUUUGGAUUUCUGCCUCAUGUGGACAAUUCAGCUCACAUAGGAGGAUUCAUCGCAGGGUUUCUCCUCGGCUUCAUUCUUCUAAUCCGCCCUCAGUUUGGGUACGUUAGCAGCAAGUACAUUCCUGCGGGGUACGAUGUCAUACGCAAACCUAAACACAAAUGCUAUCAAUACGUAUUGUGGUUCACCGCAUUGCUAGCCUUAAUUCUUGGCUAUGCAUUCUGUUUGGUGAAGCUAUUCGGUACCGUUCAGGCAAUCAAGAGGAGCAUUUCUUUGUAGAUUAUACGUAACAGAAGACUAUUUUGUCCUUCAAACUAUGUGCUUCCUGUCAAUGAAGACGAGCGAAAAACAGAGGCAAAAACCGGAAAGCCGGAAACUGAUGCACAACAUAGUAGGUUUUGACUUGCUAUAUAGUAAUUUCAUGUUGUCCAUCCAUUAGGAAAAUAAUUGACUGCUUAGUUUCCGAUCUAAUCUGAAGGGCCAUGUGAAAUAGUAUUCCUACUGAAACAUAUUCAAGUACUGCACAUUCCUGAUUACUUUUUUCUACCGGCAAAAGCUGUACAUUAGAUCAUAUCAUGAGUUUCUGUUCAUA